AUGGCGUCAUCCAUACCAGUGAAAGAAAAGAAGCUCAUGGAGGUGAAAGUAGGAGAGCUGCCAGGCUGGAUACUGAUGCGGGACUUCACCCCUAAGGGCAUUGCUGGAGCAUUUCAAAGAGGUUACUACCGGUAUUACCACAAGUAUAUCAAUGUGAAGGAAGGGGGCGUUGCUGGGAUUUCUAUGGUACUGGUUGCUUAUGUGCUUUUCAACUACUGUCGUUCUUACAAGGAGCUCACACAUGAACGGCUUCACAAGUACCACUGA